CGCGCGUGCGUCAUUUCCUCCCGUGCGCCCGUGUCGGUGUCUCACUACGGACUCAGUAGUAGCGACAAGAAAUCCGAGCGAGCCACACUGACCACUCGCGCUCUUCUUCACAAACUCGAAACGUUCGUGCUUGUGUUUUUUGUAUCUUUCUCGGUGCAGGACGCGUCUCACCACCCGUUUCUUCUCGGACAAUGUGUUACCGAAAGGAUUAAAGUCACUAUUACGGACGUCAAAUCCUCGCGGGACUUAAUUCGGCUAGAAACAGUGACCGUGCUCUGUGCCUAAUGCCAGAUGUGAUAUCCCCCUGUGGUUUUGAGGUGUCCGAGAAUGAGCACGGAUCUGGAGCGCGCGUCUCUCAAGUCGGACGUGAACUCCCUUGGCUCCGGUGGCCGCGCGCUCUCCGUUAACGUCAAGAAGUUGCACAACGCGCUCAACGUGCUGCUCAACGACUUCGAAAGGGAGCAGUUCAUUCACUGUCUCAACGUUUACCACGCCAAGCGCAAUGUCUUUGAUCUCGUGCAGACUCUCAAAGUCAUUCUCAACACAUCCAACAAGCGCCAACUAUUACCAAUGCUGCGUCUGGUUAUACCCCGCUCGGACCAGCUGCUGUUCGACCAGUACACUUCGGAAGGGCUUUAUCUGAAAACGGAUCUUCUGGCAGCAAGUGUCAAUCAUGAGUGCUCAGAAGACAUCAGCAGCACGAACGCGCACGCAGGAGCAUCCUCGGUGCACUUUCUGCACGAAUCUGAACAGGCCAGUCCCAGUCACGGAUCUGUGUGCGCGGCUCCCGUUUUCAGCACCACGGCUGAGGGGACAGCGCCAGCGCUGAUGGAGGAAGCGCCUGAUGAAAUCCGCCAAGUUACGCUGAAAAGGAGCAAGAGCCACGAAGGCCUGGGAUUCAGCAUACGGGGUGGAUCAGAGCAUGGAGUUGGCAUUUAUGUGUCGUUGGUGGAGCCGGGAUCAUCCGCUGAGAGAGAGGGGCUCAGAGUUGGAGACCAGAUCAUGAAAGUCAACAACAUGGUGUUUGACCGAGUCACUCAUGGAGAGGCAGUCAAGGUAUUGAAAGGUUCUAAGAAGCUCUCCAUGUCGGUCUGUUCUAUGGGAUGGAUCCCAGGUGGUUACGUAACCAAUCACGUGUACACAUGGUUGGACCCUCAGGGUCGCAGUGUGUCCCCACCACAAGACUUGGUGGAGCAGCGUGGCUCAGGAGGAAGACACUCGGACAUCCAGCAGCAUUGCCACACACACAUUCGGCAAGAGGGUGCUGAGAAGAAGGUCAAUAUCUCACUGGAUGAUGGGCGAUCUCUGGGUUUGAUGAUCCGUGGUGGUGCUGAAUAUGCUCUGGGCAUCUAUAUCACCGGAGUGGACCGAGGGUCUGCUGCAGAGUACAGCGGAUUAAAGGUAGGGGAUCAGAUUCUGGAGGUCAAUGGAAGUAGUUUCCGGAGCAUUUCUCAUGACGAGGCAGUGCAGAUCCUGAAGAAUUCCCGCCACAUGCUAAUGACCAUAAAGGAUGUGGGGCGGCUGCCCCAUGCACGCACUGUGGUGGAUGAGACCAAAUGGAUUCCCAGUGCACAGAUCGCCGAGAGCUCGGCCAAUAGCAACUCCCAGAGUGUUCUGUCUGUUGACGUUGGACCAGGAAGUUCAGGAAAGUCAAUCUGUUGUAAAGUUGUUGUACCAGCAGUUGGAGCAGUUCAUGCAGGAGCCUGGAGCUCACUGGAGGAGCAGGCAUACAUUCUUCUGACAGAGACAGAGAGACAGACCAUGAGCUAUUACAUUCAAGAGUACCAGCAUGCACACAUCGGGGUAGAGCCUCUGGCCAUGGCCCUGUUUGAACUCUUCAACACACAUGCCAAGCUGUCUUUGCUGGCUGAGGUGCGGACUCUGAUCACUCCACAGGAUCUGGAGCGAUUUGACGGGCAAGUGUUAAAUCGCGAGAUGGAGGCGUGGAGAGCUCGGCACGGAGGCUCGGGCCUCCUGCACACUGACUCUGUCUGCGUCACCCAUCCAGAGAGCCACAUUCCUGCUGCCUGCCAGCUGACCACUGCAGUCCCCAGCUACAACAAGAGUGAGUGCAGGUUGGAUGGGAGUUUGAUGCCAGUUGAGAGUUUAAAUUCUCUUCCUAUUGUUGCUCUGGACAAGAUGCAGCCGUCAUUCGAGUCACCCCACUCGUUCAAGCCUCCGCCUCCACCUCCACCUGUUCGACAUGCCAGCCCUAAAAAUCUGACCAAACGACCUUCGUCCAAGCUGUCCCAGACCAACCUGCUCUUUACCGCCCCCAAUAGGCGGCAUCAGGAAAACCAUACCCACAAUCACUCACACUCGCCUUGCUCUUAUCACACCUCACCAUGUACUAUCCACCACACUGCUUCCAGCUGCUCUGUCCAUCACACUCCUCCACCCUGCUCUCACCAUCACAGCUCUCCACGAUUGUCAUCCUUUCAAGCUAGCCCUUCCUCUGAACCACCAUGUAGAGAUUUGGUUCAGUUUCUGAUGAGCAGGCACUUGGAGUCUCCAAAUCGUUCUAGAGAGGGCACCCCCAUGAUUUCUCCACGCUCCUCUCCAUCCCUUUCGCCUUCACUGCUAAUGCCUGCGCCGCCCCCCUGUAGCCCUGAGAAGCUGGAGGGCUCCCCCUCUUCACACAGCUGCGGUGCUGCCCAGAACAGCCCACUACACCCUGAGCCAGAGACCACAGAGGAAAGGUCUCAGCCCCAAAUACGAGGAGCCACACUGUCCCAGCUGUCAGACAGCGGACAGACUCUGAGUGAGGACAGUGGAGUGGAUAUCGCAGAGGCUGGGGGGUUGAGUAAGGACAGCAGCCCUCGACCAGGUAAAGCUCCAUUCUUCCAGGUCAGAGGUGGUACACGCAGAGCAGAAGGACUCACACAGAGAGCAGCGAUGGGAAUAAUGGAGCCUACACUUGUACGGGUGCCCAAAUGUGCCAGUACACUGGGUAUUACUGUAGAAGGGGGUGCCAACACCAGACAGCCUCUACCACGCAUUGCGACCAUACAGAAGGGGGGCUCUGUGCAUAUCUCUGGACAGUUACGUGUGGGUCAGGUGAUUCUGGAGGUGAAUGGCGUGUCACUUAAAGGCAUGGAGCAACGGGACGUGACUCAUGUCAUUGCGGAGGCCUUUAAGACCAAAGACAAAGACUAUGUUGAAUUUUUGAUUGCAGAGUUCAACUUUGCUCUGUAGAAGUCAUCCCUUGAGAGUUUUACUAGACGCCACUGCAAAGACCUUGCACUUUAUGUCAAGUCCGCACGAGGGGCUGAAUGAGUCAUGCUUGUCAUAUCUGAGUCACAGUUAGCUUAGAGUUCGAAAGCUGCAACACACCCACCUUACGUCUGUGUUCUCGCUAAACAACGAGCAGCU